CCGACCUCUCCCCACACAUCCUACCCGAGAAGGAGAGGCGAGAGGAGGGCAGUAAACUUCACUGACGUGGAAGUAGCUUUUACGCUGACAAUUUGACAUCUUUCCCCUCACUAUAUUCAAUAUUUAUGUGGUUGGGGGUGAAAAUGGCUUUUGGGACCUGAAAUGAAAUUAAUUUAUGCCGCGCACGUGGAUUUGUUUUUGUUUUGUUUUUUAAAAAAAGAAGCGAAUUUGAAUGUUAGCAUACCUUCGCGUCUUUAGCUGAGUUUGACCAUAGGGUUGCGUUCGAACUAAGAAAACCUGACCACAUGAAGGACCUGAUUUCUAGCUAAAAAUUUUAGUUUCGGCCAGUAAACACUUGUGAUGCGUCUGUGAAAGUUUCCCCUAUCCGAAUUGCUGUCGUUCGGACCAGGGGGAAAGUUUUAAUGGAUUUUUUAUGUGGGACCCGCUAGGAUGGACGUGGUAGAUGAAACCGAAGCUUUACAGAGAUUUUUUGAAGGUGUUUGCAUCUCAAGGACAUCAACAUGCUUUGGCUACGCCCAGGUCAUGAUAUUACCAGUUCUCUGGAGCCAGCCAACAUCGACACCAGUAUCCUGGAAGAGUACAUCAGCAAGGAGGACGAUAGCACUGACAUCUGCUUCUCAGAGGUCCACAGCACCCCAGGACCAAAUUACUCAUCUCCCCAAGCAGGAGUGUCUUCCUCAGGGGGGUUGGUGUGUGGAGUGAGCCCUCCUAUUCCCCUUCGCCAGGGAGCCCCUCCGCCUGGACCCCCUAAUUGUCCAAACGCGUACCCUCCAGGUCCAUCCCUGAGCCUCCGACAUAGCUACCCCUGCCUGGGUCAGCAGCAGCACCACCAGCAACAGGCUCACGUCAAGCCUGAGCACAGAGGCCAUUACGUCCCUGGAACGCUACCUGAGUCUCCCCCAGACUCAAGCUCAGAGCCGUACUCUCCUCAGCAGGUGAAUGAUCCCAACAUGAUAAGGACCAUGACACCGGAAAACAUGUGUCACAUGACACCAACGCCACCCCUUCCACCACAUGGCCACUAUCCCAGCAUGCACCGGGACAUGUACCUGAAGCCUGAGCCAAUAAUAUCCCAGUAUCCCAUCGGUCCAGCCACAAGUGCAGGUGGAGACCUGCAGCAGACACAGAUGCUCCACCAGCUCCUGCAGCAUCCGCAGGGGCAGGACGGGAUUCCUGUUCACCAAGCCAAAAAGAGGAAGCACUCCGACUCACCAAACAGCACCCUCAAUUCCCAAAUCCUCACAGGUAUCAUCAAACAAGAACCAGGCUUGAUGCAGGAUGCAGACAAUGGCUACUUGGACCCCAACUAUCAGUGCAUCAAGUGGCAACCUCACCAGCAGAACAAGUGGACGCCACUUUAUGACGCAAACUGCAAAGAGCUUCCCAUGCCAACCUACCGGGUCGAUGCUGACAAAGGCUUCAACUUCUCCUUGGCUGAUGAUGCAUUUGUAUGCCAGAAGAAGAACCACUUCCAGGUGACAGUAUACGUAGGCAUGCUGGGGGAUCCCAAGUAUGUCAAGACAAGUGAAGGCCUGCAGCCCAUCGACUGCUUCUAUCUCAAACUCAACGGAGUAAAAGAUUGCAAGGUGGAGGCCAUGAACCAGUCCAUCAGUGUGGAGCAGUCGCAGUCGGAUCGCAGCAAGAGACCUUUCAAGCCAGUUUUGGUCACGUUGCCCCCAGAGCAGGUCACAAAGGUCACAGUGGGGCGACUCCACUUUAGUGAAACCACAGCAAACAACAUGAGAAAGAAGGGCAAACCCAACCCUGACCAGAGGUAUUUCAUGCUGGUGGUGGCGCUGCACGCUCAGUCCCACAGUCAGAGCUACACUGUGGCUGCUCAUGUGUCUGAGAGGAUCAUCGUCAGGGUAACGUCCAGCCAUGCAUCCAACCCAGGCCAGUUUGAAAGUGACAACGAGGUGCUGUGGCAGAGAGGCCAAUUACCCGAUUCAGUGUACCAUCACGGGAGAGUUGGCGUCAACACAGACCGGCCCGACGAGGCCCUCGUUGUCCAUGGCAACGUCAAAGUCAUGGGCUCCCUGGUGCAUCCGUCUGACAUCCGAGCCAAAGAGAAUGUGCAAGAGGUGGACACCACAGACAAUUUGAAACGGAUUUCUCAGAUGAGGCUGGUCCAUUAUCAAUAUAAGCCUGAGUUUGCUGCCACCGUCGGCAUAGAGAACACCGCAGAGACUGGAGUGAUCGCUCAGGAGGUCCAGCAAAUCUUACCUGAAGCAGUCAAGGAGGGGGGAGAUGUGGUGUGCGCCAACGGUGAAACCAUUCCUAACCUUUUGGUCGUUAACAAGGAGCGUAUCUUCAUGGAGAAUGUGGGAGCAGUAAAAGAACUGUGCAAGCUGACCGACAACCUGGAGACUCGAAUUGACGAACUGGAGCGCUGGAGCCGCAAACUGGCCAAGCUGCGUCGCCUUGACAGCAUGAAGAGCACAGUGAGUGGAGGCACUGUCAGCCAGUCAGGAAGUUAUUUUAGCAGGACAGGAAGUGGACCACUGAAGAAGAAGACAGUCAAACCUGGGGGCAAGAGCUCACUUUCAGACCAAGGCUGUAUCAGUCAGAGGUUCAUGCAGGGGACCAUUCUGGCCCUCGUCAUUGUCAUGACUUUCAGUGUCAUUUCCAUGUCCAUUCUUUAUGUACUGACGCUUCACCAUCGAGGAGAUGUCAUAGAGAAAGAUGGCUUUGUUCACCCGUGUGGUCUCUACAUCUCUUGGAUGCCCUUCAUCACUGCCACUGUUACUUUCUGUCCAUCUGCAUGUUCUUGGUCCAGAGCUGCAUUGGGAUCCUCACACAAGAGUCCAUUUGCUCCAUUGCCCACAACUCCUGCACCAGCUUGCUGCUCAACCCCAACCUUGAAUAACCAAUCAUCUACAAUUGUGACAUUAAAUACCAACCAAUCUACAGCAGAUAACCUGGUUCCCACACCAGGGACCAUUAAUAAGAAGGCCAAGUCCAGAAUAAUGGACAAGGAUGGACGCAACAGAAACCGCCUCAGUCACACGUCAGCUCCACUGUACUUUGCCAAAUCCAAAAGGCCUCCAUCGACAGAUCUGGAUGGGGCGGAAACACCCAAUCGUCUCCCUGGUGGUCAGCAGCCAACACCACGCAGACAGCGAAGUAUAUAUUUAAAAGGAAGAUCAACUCCAUCUCUGACUCGUCUUCAUAUUGUGGAGACAGACCAAGAAAUCACAACACAACAUUGCAAACCCUCCAAGAGCUGCAGCUACACAAUAUCUCUGCAGGGAAACACAAAUUCUUCGCUCUCGCAACUUACUUUGCACAUGAUGUCCACAGACAGUGUGUGGGUUCAACAAUGUACAACCACCAAAGGACGUCUAUGUCCAAAUCAUACUGAAACGGAACUGUAUGGUGAACAAAGAACGUCAACAAAGGGGACUGAUCACCUGUGGUCCUUGCCUCUGCUGUCCUUCCAGGACAUCACCUAUCACUUUCGGGUUUCCUCCUCUAAUGAAAUGAGUUGCACCACUGAGAAAGAAACAUCCUCCUUCUCAGACUACCACUUUGUCAUUGCAAGCAGCUGCAUGUGAGAAGAGUGCCUCCCCUGUGCCUUUACAGCAAGCCACAUCCUCUCCUUUCGGGGUGAUGUGCACUUUAAUGUGCAUUAUGUGUCCUUAUCAUACAUUAUUUUCAAAGUAAGUGAUGUCAAACUAUAUGCUAUCUUUAAGACAUCUGUUUUUGCUGUGGUCCACACUGUUGUUUGUCACUGAACAUUUUUUUUGAUCACUGUAAACUGUGUUGAGUUGAAUGCCAUUGUGAAAUAAUGUUUGUGACUUGACAUUACUCAUGAAGAAAUAGGCCCAUCAUAUUAUACAAUCUACUGUCACUUCAAAACAUGAACCCAAUCAUACACUGGAGUCAAGUUCAUUGUUGCAGGUACUCAAUGGUCCACACUGGUACUUUCUUGGCCUCUACUGCAACACAGCAUAUGCCGAUUGUGGGGUUUUUCAUGGAAAUCGCUCGAUACUGCUCUGUGGCCGAUCGAUCAGAGCAUCCCUGUUACAAAUACAAUACUACAUAUUCCUGUGGCGGGGGCCAAGUCAUGUGCAUUUCUACAGAUUUACAGACUGGAUGAAUAAACAAGUAAUAACUGGAAAUCCCAUAAGGGAAUAUAAUGCAUUAUGUCCAACACUGACAAUAUUUCAAGAAAACACUGGAAUAGCUUACACUGUAUUUUGCUUAUGCUGGUAAGGUGAAUGAGAAAGUUGCUUUUCCAAUCAUUUGCUCCCUAAUUAUCCAUUGCAACUCAUUGCUGCCUCACCUUGAAACUCACUUUUUAAAAUAAUGAAUCAUAAAGCUGCAAGGGAGUUUCAUUUCACACUCCAGACUUGUGAAUAACAACACUGUUUGAAAGAUUUGUCCUCCAAUGUUAUAAUAAAUAAUAUGCAGUCAUGUCAUGAUUUUAAUAUACAGCAUGUGAUGUAUUGUUGAAUAUACUGUUAGUUUUUUGAUUUCUUGUCUUGUUCUCAGUUGUAUUUUUGUUGCCCAUACAUAUGUUUCACAAUUUCAUUACAUAGGAAAGACAGCCAUCAGAAAAAAAUGUAUAUAAAAUAUCAUAAUAAGACUCAAAGCUGCUUUACCAUAACUGUUACAUACAGGCUGCAUAGUAUUCUUGCUUAUUUAUUUAUAAUGCACCUACUAACAUAAAUUGAACCACCGUCGCACUUUUCACACUGUAUAUGUGUGUAUAUAUACAUAUAUAAAUAUAUGCACACACACACAUAGAUAAAUAUAUAUGUAUGUAUGUAUACAUAUAAACCCUUUCUGCUCUGUCCAUCUGCUUCACAUCCUCUGGUAGAACUGUAUAGAAAUAUACUUACAUAUAGUAAUUACAUAGUUGUGUAGCAGCAUUGUGUUUUAAGCUGAUGCUCGUUUUUAUCCUGUUGUUUUUAUAGCUUGUGUUUUUGUAUCAAUAAUAUAUUAACAUUUAGCUACUCAUGAAAAGUGUAUGAAGUAUGAAAACAUUCUGUUCAUUUCUAAAAUAUGAAGUCAAAAUACCAUAACAUUCAUGCUUGAAUUUCACUACAUUUAAUUUGGAGUCCACUUUGUCCUCACACUUCCAGAGGUGUAAUACUGUAUAAAAACAAUUAAGUCAU